AUGGAUGACUACAAAUAUCAGGACAACUAUGAGGGCUAUGCCCCCACUGAUGGCUACUAUCGUGGCAAUGAGUCCAAUCCAGACGAGGAUGCCCAGAGCGAUGUUACGGAAGGCCACGAUGAGGAAGACGAGAUCUACGAAGGCGAGUACCAGGGCAUCCCUCACCCAGAUGACGCCAAGGCCAAGCAGGCCAAGAUGGUGCCCUCCAGGGCAGAUGGUCUUCGGGGCCAGGCAGACCUGCUGGCCGAGCGGAUGGAAGACGAGGAGCAGCUGGCGCACCAGUACGAGACCAUCAUUGAUGAGUGUGGCCAUGGACGCUUCCAGUGGACCCUCUUUUUUGUUUUGGGUUUGGCCCUGAUGGCUGAUGGGGUGGAAGUGUUCGUGGUGAGUUUUGCCCUGCCCAGUGCCGAGAAGGACAUGUGUCUCUCUAGUUCCAAGAAAGGAAUGCUUGGGCUGAUAGUCUACCUAGGAAUGAUGGGGGGAGCCUUUGUCCUGGGGGGCCUGGCUGAUAAGCUGGGGAGGAAGCGAGUCCUCGGCAUCUCCCUGGCCAUCAACGCUUCCUUUGCCUCCCUCUCCUCCUUCGUGCAGGGAUAUGGAGCUUUCCUCUUCUGCAGACUCAUCUCAGGCAUAGGUAUUGGGGGUGCUCUGCCCAUCGUGUUUGCCUAUUUUUCUGAAUUCUUGUCCCGGGAGAAGCGAGGGGAGCAUCUCAGUUGGCUGGGCAUCUUCUGGAUGACUGGUGGCAUCUACGCAUCUGCCAUGGCCUGGAGCAUCAUCCCGCACUACGGCUGGGGCUUCAGCAUGGGCAGCAACUACCACUUCCACAGCUGGAGAGUCUUUGUCAUCGUCUGCGCUCUGCCCUGCACCGUGUCCAUGGUGGCCCUGAAGUUCAUGCCGGAGAGCCCGAGGUUUCUGCUGGAGAUGGGCAAACACGACGAAGCCUGGAUGAUUCUCAAGCACGUCCACGACACCAACAUGAGGGCCAAGGGGGCACCAGAGAAGGUGUUCACGGUUUCCAACAUUAAAACUCCCAAGCAAAUGGGUGAAUUCAUUGAGAUCCAGAGUUCAACAGGAACUUGGUACCAGCGCUGGUUAGUCAGAUUCAAAACCACUUUCAAGCAGGUCUGGGAAAAUGCUCUAUACUGUGUGAUGGGGCCCUACAGGAUGAACACUCUGAUUCUGGCUGUGGUCUGGUUUACCAUGGCUUUAAGCUACUAUGGGCUGACAGUUUGGUUCCCUGACAUGAUCCGGUAUUUUCAAGAUGAAGCAUACAAGUCCAAAAUGAAGGUGUUUCACGACGAGCACGUGUACGGUGUCACAAUCAACUUCACGAUGGAAAAUCAGAUUCACCAGCACGGGAAACUUGUGAACGACAAGUUCACAAAGAUGUACUUUAAACAUGUACUCUUUGAGGACACGUUAUUUGACGAGUGCUAUUUUGAGGAUGUUACAUCGACUGAUACCUAUUUCAAAAACUGCACCAUUGAAUCGACCAUCUUUUAUAACACAGACCUUUAUCAACAUAAGUUCAUCAACUGUCAUUUUAUCAACGUCACCUUUCUGGAGCAGAAGGAGGGCUGCCACAUGGACUUAGAGCAGGACAACGACUUCCUGACUUACCUCGUCAGCUUCCUUGGCAGUCUGUCUGUCUUGCCGGGGAACAUCAUUUCUGCCCUGCUCAUGGACAGAGUCGGAAGGCUCAAGAUGAUUGGUGGCUCCAUGCUCAUCUCGGCCGUCUGCUGCUUCUUCCUGUUUUUCGGCAACAGCGAGUCUGCAAUGAUCGGCUGGCAGUGCCUGUUCUGCGGGACCAGCAUUGCUGCCUGGAAUGCGCUGGAUGUGAUCACAGUGGAGCUGUAUCCCACCAACCAGAGGGCAACAGCCUUUGGCAUCCUCAAUGGAUUAUGCAAAUUUGGCGCCAUCCUGGGAAACACCAUCUUCGCUUCUUUCGUUGGGAUCACCAAAGUGGUCCCCAUCCUUCUGGCGGCCACUUCUCUCGUUGGGGGUGGCCUGAUUGCUCUUCGACUGCCAGAGACUCGAGAACAGGUCCUGAUGUGA